UUUAAAAAUGUUUGCGUUUGCUCGUCGUAUAAGCUUUAACAUACAGAAUGUGUAUCUGCUGUUUAUGAUACUGGGUGUUAUGGUAAAUUAUUCAAGUCAAGAAACACGUUCAAAUAAAGAGCAGUGUGAAGUAGAAAGGUUUGAAGAUAUUAUUAAUGAUGGAAUUAAAAAUGCUUUGCGUUUUGUUGAGCCAAGGGAUGCAACCCAAUAUGCAGCCAAUGGAAAAUGUACAGAGAAGGAAAAAGAUUUAGAUGAAACAAGUUAUGAUUAUAUAAUUAUUGGUAGUGGUGCUGCUGGAUCAGUGGUAGCUAAUCGUUUAUCAGAAAUUGAAGACGCUACUGUUUUGGUCAUAGAAGCCGGCCAUUUUGAAAAUGAUUUCAUUGAUAUUCCUGGUUUAAGCACCUAUGCGCCUGGUACCGAAUACAACUGGGCUUAUAAAAGUAUUCCACAAAAGUCAUGUUGUUUGGGAAUGGUAAAUAAACAAUGUCAAUUUCAUCGUGGUCGUGGUAUAGGCGGUACAACUCUUAUCAAUUCAGUUGUUUAUUCUCGUGGUUCUGCUGAAGAUUACAACAAAUGGAAUAUUUCUAAUCCUGGCUGGGCAUACUCUGAUGUUUUACCUUACUUUAUAAAAUCAGAGAAUGCACAAUUUGAUGGUGCCGAUGAAGGUUACCACGGAACUGGUGGACUUUAUAAUGUAGAGAUUAGUUCAUAUACUACACCACAUCUUGAUGCUUUUAUAUUAGCCAAUGAACAAUUGGGAUACAAACAAAUUGAUUACAAUGGUAAAGAACAUGUAGGCGUAUCUAGAAUUCAAUAUAAUACUAAAAAUGGCCGACGAUUGACAACAGGAAGUGCAUUUAUCAGACCAGCAAUAAAACGCAAAAAUUUAAAACUUUCUAUUGAUAGCUACGUUACAAAAAUCAACUUUGAAGAAACGAAUAACAAUUUUAAAGCUACAAGUGUUGAUUAUCUUAAAAAUGGUUGUGAAUACAAUGUUAAAAUCACCAAGGAAGUUAUACUAUCAGCUGGAGCUAUCGGUAGUCCUAAUAUUUUACUUCAUUCGGGUAUAGGUCCUAAACAACAUCUUGAAGAUGUCAAAGUUAAACCUUUAUUGGACCUACCUGUAGGAGAAAAUCUACAGGACCACAUUGCAAUUAAAGGUUUGUCAAUUGAAUCCAACACAUCAAUAGAAAUCAAUCCACUUGAAGAAAAUAUCAAAGAAUAUCUUCAUGGUCAAGGACCUUAUACUCUCGCCGCUGCCCAUGGUGCAGUUGGUUUCUAUAAAAUACCAAAAUCAAAACAUGAACACGCUGCUGAUGUUGAAUUUGUUUUUAUCACGCCGAAUAGAACCAGUGCUUACUUCCAACGUUUCAAUGGUUUCUCCGAUGAAACAACCCAAGCUCUCACUGAAAAUUUAGACAACCCGUCGACCAUGUCAGUAAUACUCGCAAUGGAACACCCGGAAUCUGUAGGUUAUAUUCGACUUAAAUCUAAUAAUCCUUUGGAGUAUCCACUGAUUGAUCCGAGGUUUUUGGAUGAUUCUCAUGAUAAUGAUAUUGAGGUAUUAUAUCAAGGUCUUUUGUUACUACGGAAGAUGGUGGAUACUCAUGCUAUGAAAGCUUUGCAUGCUAGGUUUAAAAAGAUUGAGUUGCCUGCUUGUAAGCAACAUGAGAUGUUUUCGAAAGGGUAUUGGUAUUGUUUUAUAAGAGAGACAAGUGAUGAGUUGUUUCAUCCAGUUGGGACUUGUAAAAUGGGACCGAAGGAUCAAAAUGGCGUUGUUGAUUCAAAGUUGAAAGUGCAUGGGGUGGAUAAUUUAAGGGUUGCAGAUGCAAGUGUGAUUCCUUUCAGUAUGGUGGGACAUACAUCUGCACCCAGUGUCAUGAUAGGGGAAAGAUGUGCUGAUUUUAUUAAAGAAGGGCAUCAUUUGAGUUAACCUUAAAAAACGUGAAUGUUUUUAUCAUAACCUUAAUAUUUUGUCAGUUCAAUGUUAACAUGUUGGUUAUUUUAGUAUAUAAAAAGUAAUUCUGUAAAAUUAUGCGUAAAAGAUUAUGUUUACUUUUAUUGUUAUUUUAUUGUUGAUAGUGGCAGAUGGUACCAUUAGUAGAACUGAUAAUGAGUUUAUUAAUAAAGAUGUUUUAAGAUACGUUAAAAUAA